AUGCCAUCCAAACCAUGGCAAGUAAUUCAUGGGGAUUUUUGUGGACCAUUCCCCAGUGGGGACUAUCUUUUAGUGUUAAUGGAUGAACAUUCCCGAUUUCCUGAGGUCGAAAUCAUUCGAUCAACUACAACCGCGGUCACUAUUGGAAAGCUUGAGAAAAUAUUUUCGGUUCAUGGAUUCCCAAUUGAAUUUGUUAGCGAUAAUGGUCCACCUUUUAACGGACACGAAUUCCACAACUAUUUAGCACGAAAUGGAAUCAAACAUCGAAAGAUUACGCCAUACUGGCCGCAGGCCAAUGCACACGUAGAACGGUUUAUGAGGACUAUUGAAAAAUCAGUUAGAAUUGCUCACUCACAAGGAAAGAAUUGGAAAACGGAACUUUAUCGUUUUCUCCUAGAUUACCGCACAACACCACAUGUUACUACAGGAAUUGCACCGGCAGAUCUACUAUUCAACCGACAAAUACGUAACAGACUUCCAGAUAGCAACGCGAUGAUCCCAGAACGAAAAGGGGGAAAUCAGGAUAAAACGGCUCCAACUACAAGUCGUGAAGCUGUACUUCAACGCGAUGCUAGGGAGAAAAACAAAAUCAAGGAUCGGGAAGAUAAACGAAACAGAGCUAAAGAACCCCAAUUCCGUAUCGGAGAUUUGGUAUUGUUGAAACAAAGUCAAAGAAAUAAGUUAUAUUUACCUUGGGAUCCAUCACCAUAUCGCGUAACAGGUAUAAAAGGAUCACAAAUCACGGCCAAACGCCGAGGGGUUACGGUCACACGAAAUUCGUCACAUUUCAAGCGUGUAAUUCCUUACUUUCAAGAAGUGGACGAUCCAUAUUCAAACAGUAGUGAAGAAGAAGAGGAAGAAAUGGCAGCCCAGCAACAACAGGAAGAUCCAGAGAAUGAUAUCGCAAGUGAGUUAUCAGACGAAGAUAUUGAUAAUGCAGAGCAAGACCAGCCGUUAAAUCGAUAUCCAAGGAGAGAAAAUUGA